AUGGCCUCGCCGCGCCUGGGGACGUUCUGCUGCCCGACGCGGGACGCGGCUACGCAGCUGGUGCUGAGCUUCCGCGCGCGGGAGUUCCACGGGCUCUGCCUGGGCAGCUGCGCGCUCCGCCUGGCGCUCGGCCUCCUGCAGCUGCUGCGCCGGUCCGCGGCUCCCGGGGCGCCCUCGACCUUCGCGCCCGCCUCUGCCCGAGUGGUGCGCGCCGCAGUGGCCUGUGAUGUGCUCGGCUGCCUAGGGCUGGUCAUCCGGUCUUCUGUGUGGCUCGCCUCUCCAGAUUUUGUUGAACGCAUCUCCACUGGGAACAGAACAGAUGUGUGGCCUGCUGCUUUCUGUGUGGGGAGUGCGAUGUGGAUCCAGCUGCUGUACAGCGCCUGCUUCUGGUGGCUCUUCUGCUACGCGGUGGAUGCCUACCUGGUGAUCCGCAGGUCUGCAGGACAGAGCACCAUCCUGCUCUACCACCUCAUGGCCUGGGGCUUGGCCGCGCUGCUCUGUGCCGAGGGAGCGGCCAUGCUGUACUACCCCUCUGUGUCCAGGUGUGAGAGGGGCCUGGACCACGCCAUCCCCCACUAUGUUACCACGUACCUGCCGCUGCUGCUUGUCCUGGUGGCCAACCCGGUGCUGUUCCAAAAGACGGUGGCUGCAGUGGCAUCAUUGCUGAAGGGAAGAAAAGGCAUUUACACAGAGAACGAGAGGCAGAUGGGAGCCAUGAUCAGGAUCAGAUUUUUCAAAAUCAUGCUGGUUUUGGUGGCUUGUUGGUUGCCCAAUAUCAUCAAUGAAAGCCUUUUAUUCUACCUGGAGAUGCAGCCAGAUAUCAACAGAGAGUCUCUGAGACGCAUCAGAAAUGCAGCCAAAACUACGUGGUUUAUUCUGGGAAUCCUGAACCCAGCACAAGGAUUUCUCUUGUCCCUGGCCUUCUACGGCUGGACAGGAUGCAGCCUGGACUUUCAGUCCCCCAAGAUGCUGAUCCAAUGGGAAUCCAUGACAACCUCAGCUGCUGAGGACACCUGCCAGCCCCCCGGGGGGUCCUGUGUGCCUGGGAAGGUGGCUCAUGUCAGGAGACACACUUCAGACGAGGCCCUGAGCAUGCUGUCUGAAGGUUCUGAUGCCAGCACCAUUGAAAUCCACACUGCAAGUGGGCCCCAUGGUGGAAAUGCACUUGGUGCUGUUGCCCAAGUCCAGGGAGACCUUUGAGGAGGUGAUGGGCUCCUGAUCCAUGAUCAUCAGACGCUGACCUGACC